AUGGAUGUUUUUAAAUAUAUAUUUCGGGAAAUAAAGGUAGCAAGUGCGGAGGGGCCACCAAAGAGGCUAACGUACGACGAGAUAAAGAGCAAUACCUACAUGGAGGUCAAGGGGACUACUGGUACCGCGAAUCAGUGUCUGACUAUUUACAGUGUCUCUCAUACAUUUUCGUUUAAAUCUGGUAAGUAUACCGGCAAGAAAUUUUGCUCUCAGCCUACUUUCUUCACCGUCAGGGCAGGUAGCGUCAGUAUGAACAUCCCACCGGAUUUUAAAAACACCAAGCUCAUGACCUGCCUCACUUACACACUCGAUGACGAGAUCGAAGGACCAUUCGAGGUUGGUUCUGAUGGAAGCGUGAUCCUCAAGGAAGAAGAUGAGAUCGGUUAAGCAGCAGUCACAUUACAGCUUCUGUGAGGGCAACGCGUGCCGUUCUUCACAGUGAAACAGCUCGAGGCUUCAGGCAAACCCAACAACGACAGUGGCAAGUUCUUUGUUCCUUCGUACCCUAAGGGUCGUGGUGGAUCCACUGGGUACGGUAAUACAGUUGCUUUGCUUGGCGGAGGCAGAGGUGACGAGGAAGUUCUGUCGAAGGAGAACGUCAAGAACACGGCCGCUUCUGUGGAAGAGAGGUCAUUGAAGAUCACAAAGAGCAAACCGGAGACAGGGGAAGUGAUCGAAGUGUUCGAGAGUCUUUAACCGCCCAAUACUAACUUGGGUGCUAAGGUACCAAAAGACGUGGAGAUCCAAGGGGUUUGGUAUGGUCAGAUUGAGUCACUUUUUGAUUUUAAAACUCUAGUUAAACACUUAACCUGUAUCGAAACUUUUUUUUUUUUUUUUUUUUUGGUUCCAACUUCCUCUGCUCCAACGUACGCCGAAAGAUUCAAAGCGUCUCUCAGAAACCUCAGAAAUAUUUCAGCUCCGACUUACCUCGAAGAUGGAACUCCGGUGGUGCAAGCUCCUCCGGCUGGCUUACUCCAAGCGUCGGAGAUGUGGAAAGACCAUUUAGUGGCUCAUUUCCACAGCCGUAGACCUCGCCCGACAAAAAUCAUCGCUGAUUUGAACCCAGUGUGGGGAAAAUUUGGCAACAUCACUGUUCGCACUUUGACUAAUACUAGUUGCCUCAUCUACAUUCCCUCAGUGCAAACUAGGGAGUGGGUGCUACAGGUGGGGUAUUGGAAAGUGGAUCAUCGUGCCUUCUCGGUUUAUCAGUGGUCAGCAGAAAGGAAUUUGCAAGAACAAUAA